UGAAUGUUUGCUCAUUUGCAGGGGAUUCCCCUCUUUAGCCUAGAUUUCCAUGUUUCCUUUGGGUUUAAUUUAAGUUGCAUGAAACUAGAAACGUAACUUCUUAUCUUUUUCCCCGAGGGCUUUCAAAACUCCCCCUCAAGUUUUGCAUUGUAUCAAUGUCGAUCCGACAGUCUAAGUUGUGAUUUCGGUUAGUACGUUUCUAUAAUUAAAGCGGAGAAGUCGAAGACAAUUGGUGAAUUUUGUAGAAAAUAUUUCUUUUCCACAAGUUAAGUCUGUGAAGCGAUAAGGCCGCGAUGAGUGAGAGAUUUAUUCCAAGAAAUCGGGGAAUCCCCGAAACUUCAGGAUCUCGUAAUCGAAAGCCAAAUAAUUAUGGGACUGUUCAGGGCAUCGGUAACUUAAGCCUGGGAAAGAAUGUGCCAUGUACGCAUUUCAUCUCGAUCCCAUUCAAGGAUGAAGUCUUCGAGAAGUCCUUCGACGCCUUUCGCGAGGAUUUGAUCAAGAAUCAAUCUCGAUACAAUGUGAACGAGAACAUAAUUCAGAAGACAAAGAAGUUGCAUAGGACGAUUAUAAAUUUGUAUCUACCUGAUCAAGAGGCAAUUGAUUUGGCUAAGAAGGUUCUUAUCAAUGAGAAGAAUGCAGUAAGGAAGAUUAUGGAGAAGAAAUCGCAGUAUAAGCACAUCGUCAUGAGAGGAUUGCAAGAUCCGAAGAAUUACAUGCGCACGACUUCCUUGUAUGCAAACUUUACUUCACAGGCGAUUUGUGACAUCACAGAUCACUUGCGCAAGGCUUUCAGGCGAGCAGGAAUUCACAUAAUUACUGGCAUUCCGCUGGCUAAUCGGAUUGUAGUGAUCCAGGAAAGACUAUUGACGGAUGAGAAUCGCGAGAAAAUUGAUUACUCUUUCAACCCCGGUCCCGUAAUGUCCAAGUACAGAGAUUACAACUUCGGGCAGUUUAACAUUGAGGAAAUUCACUUAUCGCGAAGAUACAAAUAUGAUUCCAGUGGAUAUUUUGAGCACGAAAUCGUUCUUCACUUCUGAGAAUUCUGCUUAUCUCCGCACUUUUGCAGCAUUAUUCUUAUCAAGCUGAAAUACAUAAAAAGUGAAACAGAAAUCUAAACUUUUUCCCCACACUGUAUACAGAGGAUGAUGAAUGAAAUAUAUAAAAGAUAACUGCAAUGAAAGAAAGGAUUGUGCUUUGCUUUUGCUUGGUUGGAUGCCUCUUUGUAAUAGGAAACAUGUUUCGUGCAAUCAAGCGACUGAUGGCAUUAAAUUAACUGACUCUACAGGCAUUCAAUUACACAUAUUCAUUAUUCAAUAAAUUGAAUUAGCAUAGAAAUAUAUAAGAAAUAGAAUAGGAAAAUCGAAAAACUCCUUAACACAUUUGGUCUCCAACAUUUAAUAUUUCAUGCACAAUAAAUCAUAUCAAACUGGUUUCACGCGACUAUUUGCACAAAAGCAACCCUCAAGAGCCAAACAAAAUA